CCAUUGCGUUCGUUCUUUUAGUUUUUAAGUUCUAUGGUGGCAGCACUAGUUGUACUGGUAGAAAAAAUAGUAGAAAAUUUCUAUCCUUAAAUUCUCUCUCCAGUCCACACUGGUUCAUCUCCAUCAUCAUCUACAGAGCUUAUUUCCUUCCUGUCUUUUCUUCUUAUAAUCUCUACUCUCUCUUUUUUCACCCUCUCUACUCUUUUCUCCAUAUAUAUAUAUAUAUAUAUGGAAGAGUAAAAGGAGAGAGAGGGCAGUGUAGGGGUCAGUUCCAAAAGCAAAAUAAAUUAUUUUGUUGUGUUACUCUCUUGAUUCAACCAUAAUGCAGAUGGGUUUUGGUUAAAAAGGUCCCUCCUUUUAAAUCUUCUUGCCUAGAGUUAAUCAUGAUUUAUUAUCUCAAGAUUCUUGCUUGGCUAAUGUGAAUCUUCAGCAGCUUGGUUUUGGAGAAGAAAAACCUCUAAUUUUUGUCAAGUGAAAAACCCAUUUGGAAUUCUGAAUCCAGCAUCGAUGGGGCUUCUUCGAAGUCUCGCGAUGCUUUCUCUUCUUACAUUGAUCCUCUGGUUGCCGAGGUUUAAUGCUCAAUCAACAAACAGUGCACGUGCCCUUGAUGCUCUCCUCCAAGAUUAUGCUUAUAGGGCAUUUGUUCUACCUAGGACAGGCAUUCCGUAUGAUGGGAUUGUUCCUUCGAAUUUGACUGGGAUUAAGAUUGCUGCCAUGAGGCUCAGGAGUGGUAGCUUGAAAAGUAGAGGUGUUCGGAUGUACAAAGAGUUUGGGAUUCCAGAAGGAGUAGUGGUGCGGCCAUAUGUGGAGAGGGUUGUUUUAGUCUACCAAAAUUUGGGCAAUUGGUCUUGGAGAUAUUAUCCGCUGCCUGGUUAUACUUACAUUGCUCCAGUGUUGGGCCUUCUUGCUUACGAUGCUUCAAAUUUAUCUGCUACGAAUUUGCCUGAAUUGGACAUCAUGGCAUCUGGUAACCCCCUAAAUAUCUCAUUCCUGAAUGUUCGUUCAGCUCCAGAUGGGUCUAUUGCAAAGUGUGUGUGGUUUGAUUUACAUGGUUUUCCGAGUUUGAGCAAUGUGACGUCUGGAAAUGUAUGUUCGACAAUCCAGCAAGGGCAUUUUUCAAUAGUUGUUGAGUCUCUUGCCCCUUCUCCAGCACCAGUGUCUCCAACUCCAUCUCCUCCAAACGUGGGUCCUGGGCCAAGUGGGAGGGGAAAAAAGAAGAAUUCUAAAAAAGUGUGGCCAAUUAUUGGGUCUGUUCUGGGUGGAUUAUUGCUGUUACUGCUUUUGUCAUUCCUCAUAUUGUGGGCACAGAAAUUGAAGCAGAGGAAGAAAGUGCAACAGAUGGAGAGGGCUGCAGAGGUGGGGGAAUCCCUGCAGAUGACAAUGGUCGGGGAAACGAAAGCACCAGCAGCAAUGGUGACUCGAACACAACCGACCCUUGAGAAUGAAUAUGUGCCAUAACUCCUCCCGCUUGUACAAGUCGUCCCACCUUUCCACGCACAUUCUUAUUCAAGCUUCAUUCCUGUAUUCAGAAAUUCUUCCGUUCACGCCUUUUUUUGGUGGUCUCUUCUUCGUCGCCUUGUUUGGUUCUGGUAGGCUUUUCAUUGUAGUGUGGGUAGUAUAGGAUUUUUUUGUAAAUCUGUUAUCACCCACAAACCCUCCAUAGUUUUAUGAUUCAUUGUGGUGUGCAUUAUAGCCAAAAGUAAUUUUAUUAUUUGAUGAAUUUAGUUUUCUCAGUGACAAGGAAUAAAACUUUUUGUGGUGCCUUUCUUUAUA